AUGCCAGAAGAAUCCCGGCCCAUCACCCUUGAAGCCUUUGCCGAAGCCAUCAAGGAACUGCCCCUCUCCGCAGUGUACGCCAAGGUCUCGGAAAUCAGGAACUCCAUCGCACACCUGCGCCGCUCAAAUAGCGAGCUCAGAGCGUUUAUAGACGAGUCUUGUGAGAGUGAAAGCGAUAAACGAGAGCUAGAAGGGUACAUUGCAGAAAACGAAGGCGUCAUCGCCAAUAUGAAUGAGCGAAUUGGACUCUUGAAGACCGAGAUUGAGCAUCGAGGCGAAUUAUGGAUAGAAGAGAAAGUCGUCGCGGAAACUAAAAUGGAUGGAGACGAAGCAUCCGCAUCUUUAUCAUCACACCCUGUCAACGGUACUGUGGAGGAUGAGCGGCCUAGAGCACAUCUAGACGCGACGAGAAGUCCAGAAGAUACACAGGCCAACGAGGAAGAAGGUGUGUAUCUAUGA